UUCACAUUUAUGUAUGCAAUUAAUAGUUAUUACAGUAUAAUAGUAGACAAUUACAUAUUGAACUUUUCGGUAUUAAAUGUUAACACAAACGAAGAUUAAACCCAAUUUACUCUUUCGGUUUUCUAUCUAGUAUUUAUAUUUUAAUGACCGUAACACGUCUUUAUGACACAAACAUGUUAAUUAACAUUCAACCUUCGUAGCGCUGGCAACAUUCCAUUAUUUACUGCAUAUAAUAAGUUAGGAGGAAUAAUUUUAUUAUUAAAAUAAAAUCUAUUCAUUUCCGAAUUGUAAUAUUUAAAAAAAAAAAAAGACCCAAAAAUGAAUCAGACAAAAAUAAUAAUAAAAAUCGGUAGUUUUAGUGAAUGGGGAAUUUCCAGAAAUUCUUCAAUUGUCCUUGAAGAUAGUAAGAAAAAAAGCAUAAAACAUGUGAACCAAUAAGUGGUCCUAUACAUUUUGACGUCAAAACCUUUUUCGAAUGAAAAAAGUCCCUUAAAUAUAGUACUUAAGUUAUUUUCUUAUUUUAUUUUAUGAAGUUUUACGUCAGACUUGUAAUAAUCUGAUUUGUUAUGACGUAUAAGACGAAACAUUUCUUAUAUUAUCAUUCAUUUAUAUUUUCUCAACUGUUUAUACACCUUCACAUCUAAUAGUUAAGUUAGAUCUCACUUAGAAAUAAUCAAAAGAAGUAAAUAGAGAACAACAUGAAAUACAACAUUGUACAACGUUCAUUGUCAGCGAAAUUUAGAAAACUUGGAGAAAUAAUAGGACAUUAUCCUUAUUAUUUUUUAACUUUACCAGUUUUAAUAUCUGCUAUUUUAUCUACAGGAUUUCUUAAAAUAACAUUUAAUAGGGAUUUCGAACAUCUUUUUGAAACUGAAACAGGGAGAGCAUCACAAAAUAAAAGAAUAGUAGAAAGUUUGUUUCCAACAAUUACAUCGAAAUAUAUUGAUAUAUUAAGAGCAACGUAUACACCACCCGGUAUAUAUAUAACAGCAAUAGCUAAAGAUGAUAAAAAUAUGAUAAGAGAAAUCAUAUUUAAUGACUUAAAAAAAAUCGACGAAGUUGUACGUAAUCAUAGAAUAACGUGGAAUGAUGAAAUUAUAACUUAUAAAAAUGUGUGCGCUAUAAAAGAAAAUGUCUGCUAUGAAAAUCCAGUUUUUAAUCUUAAUGAUAAAAUUAGAAAAUACGAAGAAGGAAAAUAUCGUUUUAGAUUUCCAUUAGAAAUUGAUCCAUUUACAUUAAUAUUUACUGCUCAUGCCGUAAAUCUUGGAGGAGUGACAAGAGAUAAACUUGGCUACGUUACAGACGUUAAAGCUAUAAGAUUAUUUUAUUUAAUAGAAAAUCGCAACGACACUAAAAGAAAAAUGGCUUCCGUUUGGGAAUUAUCACUUACUGACGUUCUUCGAGGGAUGAAAUUUAAACAUAUAGAUAUAUCUGUUAUGCCUUCUUCUAUAUUUGCAUCCGAGAUGGAGCAUUUUUCAAGAUCAAUUUUACCUUUAUCCGCGGUGGUUGCUCUUAUCGUAGCAAUCUUCUCAAUGAUCACUAGUAUCUCGGUAACUUUGGUAAGAAGUAAACCUUGGUUAGGUGCUGCUGGUUGUGUAUCUGCAGCUCUCGCUAUCCUAGCGACCUUCGGUUCAAUAUUUCAUUGUGGGUUAUCUUAUACUGAUAUUCAUAUUGUUUUGCCAUUUCUUAUCCUUGGCACAGAAAUAGAUGACGCUUAUGUAUUAAUUGCAGCGUGGAGAAGAACAAAUGCAAAAGAUGACGUACCAAAACGAAUGGCAGAUUCGUUUUCAGAAGCUGCUGUGUCAAUUACUAUAACUUCCUUAACCAACUUUUUAUCGUUCUGUAUUGGAAUUACAGCACCUUUUCCAAUAGUUCGUCUAUUCUGUAUUUAUGCUGCAGUAGCUAUAUUUUUCACGUACAUUUUUCAAAUUACGUUUUUUGGAGGAUGUAUGGCCAUAAGUGGUUAUAGAGAAAAAUAUUUGCUCCAUCCUUUAACACUUCGAUCCAUUACACUUCCGGAAACAAAAGAAAAAGAGGAUGAAGAGAAAGAAGAAAUAUUAACAACAAUUUUUAGAGAUAAAGUUGGAAAAUUUCUUACCUAUUUACCAGUAAAAAUUAUAAUUUUAAUUAUAUUCUGUGGAAAUCUUGGUGUUGGAAUUUAUGGUUUUCUAAAUAUGAAAUCAGGUAUGGAAGUAACAGAUGUGAUAAGAGCGGAACAAGCCGGAUUUAUUAACUUAUAUUAUCGUUAUUUUGCACAAUAUCCAGCAAUGUUACAAAUUGUGAUAAAUGACACAUUACAUUAUUCAGAUCCUACCGUACAACAACGAAUAGAAGAAACUUUAAGUAGGUUUGAAAAACAUCCAAAUAUAGCAGAAACUUCGUCGAGAUUAUCUUGGUUAAAAUAUUAUAAAAAUUUUACAAGUAAACAAGUAUCUUCGGUAUUUUUAAGAGGUUUUAAUAUAUCAAACGAAGACGAUUUUGUAUAUGUAAUGAAGAAUAUAUAUGUUAAAUUAUAUCCAGCUAGACAAUUUAAACAAGAUGUGAUAUUUAAUAAUGAUUCAACGAGAAUAGUCGCUAGUAGAUUUUUAUUAUUAUUAAAAGGUUUAGUGGAUAGAGAAACUGAAAAUAAAGCAAUAAGGGAGUUACAAGAAAUUGCAGAUACUUCGCCUAUACCUAUUACGAUUCACAGUUUAUUUUUUCCAUUAAUGGAACAUGGAAAUUUAAUCAAAGGAAUUGUUAUCAAGGUUGCAUGGUUAUCGGCAAUUUUGAUUAUUUUAAUAUUUUUUAUGUUUAUACCAAAUUUAAUUUGUGCCAUUUGUAUAGCAGUUGCAGUAUUUUCAUCCUUAUGCGAAACUAUUGGUUAUAUGGUUUUAUGGAAUGUAAAUUUAGAUAUGAUUUCUAUGAUAGUUUUAAUUAUGAGUGUAGGAUUUUCUAUAAACUAUCCAACACAUAUAUCAUUUGCCUUUAUGAUGUCAAAGAAAGAUAAACCGAAUGAUAAACUACAAGACAGUUUAUACGAUGUCGGUUUACCUAUUUUUCAAGGUACCACGUCUACUAUACUCGCUGUUUUAUUAUUUGCAUUCGAAAGUACUCGUAUGUUUAUACUAUUUUUUAAAGUUAUGUUCCUCUUAUCCAUACAAACAGCUUUUCAUGCUAUGUUGGUAUUACCUGUUGUUUUAAGUAUAGUGCAAAGUUUCAGAAAUAAGAAUGUUACAAAUAAUAAAAUAACUCAUUUACCUAAGUAUGUACCAUACACAUACGAUGAUACAUUGUACUUAAAAUUAAUGGACAAAAAUCAGAGCGAACAUAAAGUAAACUGUGAUUCACCUUGUACGCAAUUAUAAAGUUAAUACUAAUACAUGUAAUUAUGUCUUUCAUAUUAAUUUCAUUGUAAAUUUUAUCGCCAAACAUAUCAUUACUUUUCAAAGAUUAUUGAACAUCAAUGUAUAGAAAUGGAAUUAAUUUUGUAUGAAGGUUUUUCAGACAAAUGUAAUAAUAAUUCCUGCCAGAAACUUCAUAUUUUAUACGAGUAUACCUUAGAAUAUCAUUACCUCAUUUAGAAGUGAUAUUUUAGCUUAUUUCCUAUAAAAAUAACUCAUGCAUAACGUAUAAUCUGUAUUAAAAAAAACCUUAAUUAAAUAUUUUAGCUAAAUUUUGGUGAC